UGAUAAACUUAUUAAAUAGUUUUUAGAUCAAUGUGACCCAAGAUCAAUGAAUAGUGACUCAGGUGGUGCCCCUAGUGGCAUUGGAACAAAUUUUACCAAUCUACACGUGGGAGAUCUGGUUUCUCUGUAUCAUGGUGAGACAGGUCGAUACUGUGGUUUUAUUAGCACACUGGGGCUAGUAGAUGACAGAUGUGUGGUCCCACUGGAUGCUGGGAGUAUCAGGCAGCCACCCAAAAAGUUCAGAGACUGUUUGUUCAAAAUCUGCCCAAUGAAUCGCUAUUCCGCGCACAAACAAUAUUGGAGAGCUGCCAAGCCUUUUGCCACGUCGAUAACAUCUCAGCAGAAGUCCUUGAUUGACAAACUAAGGCAAUCAGCAGAGCUUGAGCGUAAGCAAAAUGAAGCAGAGGGCAAAAAGUUGAUGGGCACCACUGUAUGCUACGGUGGAAUAAUUCAGCUGCAACACGUUAAGAGCAACAAGUUCCUAACAGUUGUAAGCAGGCAAACAGGAAACACCGACAAAAAUUCUAUUCGUGUUACACUAGACAUCGCAGGAUCUGAGGGAUCUUGGUUUUAUGUACAGCCAUUCUACAAGCUAAGAUGUAUCGGGGACCCCGUAAUUGUCGGGGACAAAAUCAUACUGCAGUCGGCAAGUGUGUCUUCUAACAACUACUUGCAUAUUGGCGACGUUCCUCUGCACGAUAACAAAGACUGCGUCGAGGUCAACUGCACGAACGAACUAACUCCAUGGCAAAUUAAUCUCUUCAUGGAAGCCAAAGAGAACCUAGAGGAAGUCCUUAAAUCGGGAGACGUAAUCAGAUUAUUCCACACGGAACAAGAGAAGUUUUUAACACUGGAUGAUCAUAGUAAUCGAAACUAUGUUUUUCUCCGAACAACGGCGCGUGCAGCCGCUACGUCUGCGACUAGCAGCAAGGCGCUGUGGGAAGUCGAACUGGUUAAUUCAUCGCCUCUCAGAGGUGGAGCAGGAAAAUGGAAUUCGAUGUUCAGGUUCAAACAUCUUGCCACUGGAUUGUACCUAGCAGCUGAGCUGGACUUGGACACCAGACCAGAUGUCAACAGGGAGAAGUUGCGAAUGAACAACGAGCCCGUGCAUCAUCUAGUGCCAGUAAUGAACACUUCUGACGAGAGCGGGUCUGUUUUCGCUCUUAUUCCGACAACCUCGGUAGCUAAUGACGACUACGUGCCCCGAUCUGCCUUCGUCAGACUGCAAAACAUCUGCACCAGUGGAGCGUCUUCCAGUGGUCUGGCAAUCACCCCUGGAGGGUGGGGAGGUUGGGUCCAUGCGACACAAUUGGCCAUAGAUGAACACGAGGACAAACCUGUUAUGCUAAAAGUGGGAGUGGCAAGUAUCAAAGAGGACACGGAGGCGUUCUCUAUUGUGCCUGUGAGUGCGACAGAAGUCAGAGAUCUGGAUUUUGCCAAUGAUGCGAGCCAAGUGUUGGCUGAUAUCACGGGAAAGUUGCAGAAGGCGCUCAUUAUUCCCAACGAGAAGAGACAUGUGCAAGCACUGUUGACAGACCUCAUAUUCUUCGUUGCAAAUCGACACAAUGAUGGAUCAGACCCACUGCAACUAGGAACCAAAAACGACCAAAAGGUGGACCCAGACAGAGAGCGACAGAAACUACUGCGUGAACAAGGAGUGCUCGAGCAGAUUUUCAACCUGUUGAGGAUUCCUCUGAAUACUGACAAUGCAGAUGGUCCCUUUUUCAACAUGGAGGACUUGAAGGACUCCAGUCACAGUGCAAUCAAACAUAUUUACAGAUUGUGUUAUCGCAUUCUUAGAUUUGCCCAGCAGGAUUACAGGAAGAACCAGGAGUACAUUGCGGGGCAGUUUCAAUUCAUGCAAAGACAAAUCGGAUAUGACAUCUUGGCAGAAGAUACCAUAACUGCACUUCUGCAUAACAAUCGAAAACUGCUGGAAAAACACAUCAGUACAAAAGAGAUAGAUACAUUUAUAUCUCUUGUGCGAGAGAAUAAAGACUGCAAGUAUCUGCAGUACUUGGCCGAUUUGUGUGUCAGUAUGAAUCAGGCAAUUCCAACCACCCAGGAGUUCAUUUGUAACCAAGUGCUCCAAGAGAGAAAUGCGGACAUCCUGAUUAAAACUGUCAUAAAAACAGUCACGCGAGAAAUCGAUGAUAUCUAUGACGACGAACCCCCACCAGCCAUCCAGAUAGAACAACGGGCACCAAUUGUGACCCUAGACCCACGUACGACAGUUACCGCAACAUUGGCGGCGGACGGGACCACCUCGACAACAGACGCCACCAGUGUGCGGGUGGUGCAGGAAGACGAAGUCACGCUUGUGUGGGUCCCCGCUCCGGCCAGGAAUAACAACUACAGCCUGCAAAGCAAUGCCUCGGCUGCAGCGUCCAUUCUGUUGCACAACUCACAGGGGGGUGGUUCUAUUGGGCAGGAGAGAGAGGUUUGCAAGUCUCUGAGGCUACUAGCACUUGGGGCCAAAGAGGGAGUGAAAGAAGACCAAAGCAUCCUGGAGUAUUACAGGUACCAACUGGACCUGUUUUCUCAAAUGUGCCUGGACAGACAGUAUCUGGCCAUAGACGUAAUCGGAAAACAACUGCCCAUAGACCUGAUCAUGACCUGCAUGUCUAAUGCAGAACUGCCAUACGACCUGAGAGCCUCUUUCUGCCAGCUGUUGCUCAGGAUGCACGUAGAUAGAGAUCCGCAGGAACAGGUGCAGCCGGUGAGGUAUGCCAGACUGUGGUCCAGGAUUCCAAUGCAGAUAUCGAUCGAAGAUGAACAAUGCGCGAGACUCUACUACGACACUCAGAAGGGGGAGGAGAGAUCGCACGAGCAGACGAGGCCUCGCUUCUCGGACACGAUCGAGUUCGUGGGCAACUAUUUGGAAGAAGUGGCCAAGGAGCUGUUUGAGAAUGCAGAGAGAAACAAACUCACAUUCGAGGUGGUGAACUUGGCUCGACACUUGAUCUAUUUCGGUUUCUACAAUUUCAAAGACCUCCUCAAAUUGACGAGGACUCUCCUGUCUAUACUUGACUGCUCAGUGGGCUCCGAGGGAAUUGCCAAGUGCGACUAUAGAACCCUAGAUGCAACAAUAAACAGAUCUAAUACUCGUGAGUUUUCUACCAAAACAAGCCACAUCUCGGCAGCUCAAAUUUGCCGCCAGUUUUGGUGUCCAAGUACGCUGUCACGCGAGCAUGAAAGCCGCGAGCCUACUGCUACUCGCGCUACUUCAGCCUCAUAUGUGCCGACAAGUAAUUCGGCCGAAAAAGACUGGUCGCACCCUGUGCACAGAAAGCGAGGUCUCUCAGUAUUUGGUGCUCCUAAUUCUGUACCUAAGAGUCCAAGUUUCUUCAACACUUCAGGAAUUGCAGCUCAAAAAACAAGUUUCUUCAAUACUUCAGGAAUUACAGCUCAAAAAACUUCAUACAGUUUAAUGCCUGCUUUGCUUGUCCCAUUAAUGUUCACACCAAUUGACCCUGAAAAUCAGCAGACCGAAAAUAAGGGUCACGAAACCGAAGGUUUUGGUCGAGCAAAUACUGAAGCUAAGGGAAACAGCAUCAUCAGACAGGUGGUCCAAAUGGGAAUCAUGGGCGCUAAUUUCCCGGCGGCUUCCCAGCUGAACGCAGGCCAUGUGACCCAACAGCAGCAAGCGUCUUCACCAUCACCAUCCUCGGGUUCCAACAUUCAGAGUGACUACAAUUCGAGGUCCGCAGCUACCGAUGUGAACUCGGAAUCGGUACAGAAUACAACAUACGGCAGUGAGAAGAAUGACCUAGAGCAGGAGACGAAACUGAAGAUCAUAGAAAUUCUGGAGUUCAUAUUGAAUGUGAGACUGGACUACAGAAUAUCGUGUCUGCUGUCUAUCUUCAAGUGUGAGUUCUCGUCUUCCAAUGAAGAUAUAACCCACCUGGCGAAGAAGUUCGAAAACUUUGUUGACGGAGUAGGCAACGAGCAGGAAUUGGGAAGCACCGAACAUUUCUCUCAAUUCUCUAAAAAUGUGAUAACUCGUGCAGAAGGCGUAUUUGGGUCCAACAUCUUAGUUGGUGGUACAGGUGGCAGUCCAACAACCGCCGCCACUCCCUGCACAGCUCAAAACAACUGGGAGUAUCCGGACUUGGAUCUGGACGGACAGCACGGCAAAGUGUUCCUCAGAGUCCUCCUGUUUCUCACUAUGAACUCCUACUUGCCUCUGGUGUCCGGAGCUCUUCAGCUGAUAUUUCGACAUUUCACGCAGCGACAGGAAGUGUUGACUUCGUUCAAACAAGUGCAGCUUCUGAUUUCGAAGGAAGACGUGAACAAUUUCAACAUGAUUCGUGAAAACUUGGACAGACUGCGAUCGCACGUUGAGAAAAGUGAGCUGUGGGUGUAUAAAGCGAAAGAUGAUGACAGCGGUGGAUCAAAAUCAGCAUCAGGAUCCUCAUCAAAAGAAAAAAAGAAGUCGAGAAAAGCUAGCAAACUUCCUUCUAAGAAGCCAAAUUGUAUUGAAGAUGCAAUAAAAGAAGUCGAAAUCGCACCUGUGGACUCGGCUCUAACUUCGGAAAACCGACAAAAGUACGAAGAAAUUAAGUUCAUCCUGAUUGGUCUGUCUAAUCUAUGCGUAGAGAAAGAUAAACAUGGAAAGAAAGUGGCAAAAAAGCACGAGCAAAGAUUGCUGAAGAAUCUGAAGGCCCAUGACGCGGUUAUGGAACUACUGAAGAUUACGUAUGACCGAUAUAAUGACAAGAAGAUGGUUGAGCUUAUGUACUAUGCGCAUAAAUUUCUGCAGUCGUUUUGUUUUGGAAACGCAUCCAAUCAAAUGUUGCUUCAUCACAAUUUGGACCUGUUUCUAACAUCAGGGCGAGGAGUCACACUAAUUUCACUGCUGGAGGCAGAGACAGUGCGACAUAUUUUUCUGGAAAACAGACAAUUGUGUGAGAAUGUGGAAGACAGAAUCAUUCAGCACUUUGUGCACUGUAUAGAAUCGCACGGAAGAUACGUGCAGUAUCUGCAGCUGCUCCUAACAUUUGUACACUCCGAUGGCAGGUCACUGCGCAAAGUGCAACAAAGUGUAAUGGUAGAGCUCUCAAAUGUGGGCGAAGAAGUAUUGAUGUUCUACCCGGAUAAGACGGCUUUUGAGGAACUGGUGAAGUUAAUGGAAAUGUACACGAAAGUGCGUCAGGCCAACCCUAAUGUAGACACCCUCUCCAAUUUGGAUCACGGCGGGGAUGUCUCCCCUGAAGUGGUUGCAGUUAAGGCGGACAAUAGUCCUCUUUUGUACCAUAUUGAACUGGUGAAUUUGCUGGCAAUGUGUGCCAAAGGGAAAAAUCUUCACACGGAGAUCAAGUGUACAGCGUAUAUUACUCUGGAUGAUAUCCAGAGAAUGCUCACUCAUCCGUCUUCCAUUGCAUUGAUGAAAAAUGCAUACGUGAAGUUUCUGCACCACUGCUACAUCGACACAGAGGUGGAGAACAAAGACAUAUAUACUCAGCAGUCCAUCUGGAAGAUAUUCGAGAGCUUUAUCGCCGACAUGGCAAAGAUCUGUUCUCAAUACCCAAAAGACAAGCAGCUGGAGGAAUACAUCUGCACAACGGUCAUGCAAGUGAUAGUAGCUUUCUUUAACUCGCCAUACUUGGAACAAACAGUCAUGCAGACUAGACAGUCCACAUUCGCAAGACUCCUUCAGAACGCUUUCAGCAUCUUCUCCCAAAUCACAUUCACUUGCAUCGAGCAGAGGCGCAACGUCGAGGAGUGCAUCAGGAGUUUGUAUGUGUUGGCUAAGAAUCGAGGGAUCGCCAUUCCGGUUGACCUGGACUCCAGUUUCGACAUGUUGUUCAGCAACACUAGUCUGAAGAGCCUGGUGACAGCCAGGAGUGCGGCUAAUCAUCACCAUGGCAACCACCUGUCGGCGAAGUGUUCUGUUAUCCGAGACGCAUCACAUGCUGCACAGAGGUCACUCAAUUACAAGAACAUCAUUGACGGGCUACAGGAGGUAGUGAUUUUGCUGGAGCGUCAUCUGAAGCCGCUAGCUGCGGCUGAGCUGAGUGUGCUGGUGGAUGUGCUCCACAGACCAGAACUACUCUUCCCCCAGAUGUCAACGGCACGUGCCAUGUGCGAGAGAGGAGACUUCAUCAAAAGAUUGAUAACCCACACGAAAGAGCUGUGGGAGAAAAAGAAAGAAGGAGCCCUCUGUCGCAAGAUUCUGCAGACUCUGAAGGAAAUGAUGACUGUCCAUUACGACUACGGCGACAAGCAGCAAAAGCAGCUCAAACAAAGUCGCAUUCAGUCAAAUCGGUCGGCAACUGGCGCCGGACUAGGCGUUGCCGGAGCCACGGGAUUUGGCGUAGCUACGGCCGCUUUUUCCGCUUGGCAAACUUGUAGUGCGCUCUCGAAGCGACAUUCAGAUGACUUGAAAAGGGGUGAAAAACUGAGAGACGCGCUGCUGUUCCGCUACUUCGACAAGGCCAAUCUGAGACGCAGGUACGAGAGAGAAGUGGACCCUCUGGUGUCGGCAGCAGCAGCCAACGCCUCCAACGCAUCUUCCUCUAAUACAUACUCUGAAAGUGGCACUACCAUUGCGGCACAGUAUAACACACAUCCCACAUUCCCUCCGUCAGCUGUAUCCGGCGGAUCUUCUGCCAACUCUGGCUCAAUGAUGGUCACCAGAGCAGACAGUUCCCUCUACGACGUCCAGUGCCAAUUGAAUGGGUCGGGUGCAUCGGAACUGGUGGUCAAUCUGGUCAUCAACAGUUCCUCCAGCAGUCUCUUCUUAGAAACAGUCCAACUGGGAAUCGCUCUUCUGGAGGGAGGCAAUGGCGUGAUACAGAAUUCGAUUCUGGCCAUUCUGAAGCAGGAGUCAAACGGGGAGAAGUUCUUCAAGGUGUUCUACGACAAGAUGAAGGAGGCAGAGGCCGAGAUCAAGUCCCAUUUCUCCAUGUCCACCGGGGAAGUGUUCAACUCACACAGUCAGAGACAGACAGCCAGAAGUGGGACCACAGACGGGGCCACCAAACUCAAAAAAGUCUUCACGCAGAUGCGCUCUAUCCUUGCGCUGCGUAAUAUGGGAAUGCAGAAUUCGAAAGACGCCGCUGGAAGCAGCUCAGCUGAAGUUACUCCAAAACACAAAUCUGCAGUUAGUGGACAGCACCACGCGAGGUUUGCUCUAGAAGCACAAACGUCAUCAGUGCAGCGCAAUGAGUCGCAUAAAUCCCACAAAGACAGCACUCAGUCAGCAGUGAUGAACUUCUUCAGAAACAGAGUGAGAAGUAGAUCCAGUGCUGACUCUAUCGCUAUGGCCAACAGGAAGAACUUGAUGUUAGCCACCAGCAGAAAGGGAAAGGGUGUAAUUGUGGAGAACGGAGGAGCUAUAAAAAGGUACGAUGAUGGAGACUCUUCGGGACGUGGAACCAAGAAGUUCCAGUCAGACCAGAGCUCGAAGGGACUCGGGGGAGCUACUCUAUCCGAGAAAGUCCUCAUCAUGCAGCCAAUUUUGCGGUUUUUGCAGCUGCUUUGUGAAAACCACAAUCUUGAUCUACAGAACUUCCUGCGCGUGCAGAGCACUAAAAGCAAAUACAACAUGGUCUGUGAGACGUUGCAGUUCCUGGACUGUAUCUGUGGCAGCACCACCGGAGGCCUAGGACUGCUGGGUCUCUACAUCAACGAGAACAACACCAAUCUCAUCAACCAGGCUCUGGAGACACUUACUGAGUACUGUCAGGGCCCAUGUCACGAAAACCAAAACGCAAUAGCAGUGCAUGAGUCCAAUGGGAUUGACAUCAUCAUCGCCCUCAUUCUGAAAGACAUUACUCCACUAGGCGAGAGGAGGAUGGACUUUGUGUGGGAGUUGAGGAACAAUGCGAGCAAGCUUCUCCUGGCCAUUAUGGAGAGCAGAUUGGACUCGGAGAACGCAGAGAGGAUACUCUAUAAUAUGACACCAAGAGAAUUGGUGGAAGUGAUAAAGAAAGCAUAUGCGGAAGGAUCAAUCAACGACAACAAUGGUAUGGGACUAGUAGCCGGAGGAUCUAUUGACGACCUGGACUCCACGAAUGACGAGGACGAUGACGACGAGACAUCCCCCAGACAAGUGGGACACAACAUAUACAUUCUAGCACACCAGUUGUCCCAACACAAUAAGGAACUGGCAACUUAUAUAAGGGCUGGAAGUGGGUUACAUCUAACAGAUUCAUACCCACCAAGACCCAAGCCCACAGUUCCAGAACAUUCCAAAAAUGAGCCGGACAGAGCUGCUCUGGACCAUUACGCCAGCCACACAGCCCAGAUAGAGAUUGUGAGAGCGGAUAGAGUGAUGGAACGGAUAGUGUUCCCUGUUCCCCCAAUUUGUGAGUACUUGACGGGGGAGACCAAGAUGCUUGUGUACACUACGACUGAAAGGGAUGACCAGGGGUCAAAGGUCACUGACUUUUUCGACAAGACAGACGACAUGUUUAUGGAGAUGAAAUGGCAGAAGAAACUGAGAUCACAGCCGCUGUUGUGUUGGAUCAGCACCAACAUGUCUCUGUGGGGUACGAUCUCUUUUAAUCUGGCUGUCCUCAUCAACCUCAUAGUCGCGUUCUUCUACCCAUUCGACCAGGAGAGAAACAGACCCUCGUCUAGUUCGACUUUCCUCACCCACAAACUGGACAUGUUGAUCUGGACUGCUCUGCUAGUGUCCCUGGCAGUGGUCAUCACUCUCCCUAGAUCCCCUGGCAUCAAGACACUCGUGGCCUCCUUCAUCCUCCGACUCAUAUACUCGAUCGGAAUAGAACCCACGCUCUAUAUGAUAGGAGCUGUCAAUAUGCUGAACAAGGCCAUCUUCAUCGUGUCUUUCCUGGGCAACAGGGGCACUUUCUCGAGGGGGGCGUGGCACAUGAUCACUGACUUCGAGUUCCUCUACCACAUAGUCUACUUCCUAUUCACCAUAGCUGGCAUAUUCAUACCACUUUGCUACAGUGUUCUACUGCUAGACGUGGUGUACCGGGAGGAAACAUUGUGGAAUGUGAUUCGGAGUGUGACGAGGAACUUCAGGAGUAUCGCUCUCACCACCAUCCUCGCCAUCAUCCUAGUGUAUCUCUUCUCAAUCUUCGGAUUCCUCCUCUUCAAAAAGGACUUCGUAGUCCCAGUCGAUCCAUCAAUAGAAAAGUUCAACCAAUACAGGAGAAAUGAUUUAGUGUCUUCUUCGUCUUCGCAAUAUGUAGUGAAUAGCAAUUGCACCCUGCCUCAAAAUGACAAUCAGUAUCUGAAUGAGACAAUUAACUCAACUACUGCUCAAAAUUACUCUUCUUCGUCUGUGUUACUUAACCUGACCAAUGAGGAAUUAGGCUUCUGUCCAAAGACAAAGGCAGAUGAAUCUUUGGUGGACGAGAGAGGAGUGCUGUCGAUACCUCGUGAACAGACAACUGAAGACAGAGAGUAUGCGUGUGAAACACUUAUUAUGUGUAUCAUCACCUCUCUUAACAAGGGGCUCCGAUCGGGAGGAGGUAUUGGAGACGUUCUCAGAAGCCCAGCCAGCUCAGAGUCUUUGUUUGUGGCACGUGUGAUCUAUGACUUGUUGUUCUUCUUCAUUGUCAUCAUCAUAGUUCUCAAUCUGAUCUUCGGUGUCAUUAUCGACACUUUCGCAGACCUCAGAUCUGAGAAGCAGAACAAAGACCUCAUCCUCAGAAACACAUGCUUCAUAUGUGGAUUGGACAGAGGUAACUUUGACAACAAGUCGGUGUCAUUUGAGGAACACAUCAAGUUCGAACACAAUAUGUGGCAUUACCUAUACUUCAUUGUCCUGAUAAAGGUCAAGGACCCCACUGAGUUCACGGGGCCAGAGUCAUACGUGGCAUCCCUCAUUAAGGAUCGGAACUUGGACUGGUUUCCCAGAAUGCGUGCAAUGUCUUUGAUAGUCACAGAGGACAACGAGAACAAUAUGGGUGGAACCCAGACGAUGAAUGGGAACCACAUUGCAAUGGGUCAGUACCCGCACGGCAACUCUGCCAGCCAUCACCAGAACUCAGCGAGUGGAACGGGUAAGAAUGGAUCGAUGGGAAACAACCCGAUGAGUGCCCAAAAUGGGUCCAUGAUGAGUAUAGGCCAUACAAGCAGUAGCAGCGGAACUUCAGGGGGCCAUGAGCAACAUGCAGGGGGCAUGAUGUCUAACCAGUACCAGAUGGAAUUCAAGAAUCUGGCUGCUAAUCUGGACCAGACCAACAGAUUGGUGAAUCAUCUGAUGCACCAGUUGCACGAACUAAGAGACCACUUGUCGGAGCACUCGGUUGUGAAACAUAGACCCAGUAUGACACAAGGAACACAAGGCGUUCCAAUUCAACAGCAGCAAGCGGUCCCGCCCCAUGGAGGCCAACAAGCACAGUGACAUACUACGAGUAGUAGUCCAUAAAAGCAAGACUGAGAUAAGCUAAAGUAGUCUAGAAUUUGUUUUAUAGAAUUUGUUAAUUCAUUAAUCAUGCCGAUUUUAAAUUGGAGUUAAUCAAUAUAAAUUGUCUAUAUAGAUGUAUUUCUUCGAAUUUUAUAAUGACACUAGAAGUUUGGUUAUAAUCUAUUUUUCUUUCAAUCUGGUUAAUUAAUAUUCUCAAUUUGUAAAUCAUUCAAUGAAUUAAUUUUGUUCUCUA